CAAUCGGUCAACAAGGAGAUGUUCGAGCACAUCAAGGAUCUUGUGGAAGCGGAUGAUUCGGGUCCAAGGGCGUGGAAACUACUACGCGAUGUGAUUCAGCCCAACACUCUCCCGAUGGUGAUCGUGCUCGAGAAGGAACUUGCUGCCAUCUCCAUGCGACCAGGGGACGAUGUGAAGCCGGUCCUUGACAAGAUCAAGAACACCUAUGCAAGGAUGGCAGCAGCGGGCAGCAGUGUAUCUCAGCUGCAGCAGUGCACCAAGAUCAUCUCGGGUGAUGUGGGAUCUGUGGGAAAGGUUGUGAUGCACCCUCUCACGCACUGGGUGAUUGAUUCAGGUUGCACCAGUCACAUGACCCCACGGGCAGAUUUGCUUGAUGAGGUAAAACCCCCUGGGAAGAUUAAGUAUGUGGCAGCAGCGUCAGGUGCUUUGCUCCCCGUGAUUGGUGUUGGAAAUGCCAAGGUUAAGGGAGCUAAUGGGGAGCUUGUGGGGCUUGGGAAUGUUCUGCUAGUUGAAGGUUUGUCUGCUAACCUUCUCUCUGUGCGGCGACUGCAGAAGAGUAAGGCCGAAGUGACCUUUGGACCAACCAGCUGCCGUGCUAAGCUUGGGAAGAAGGUGCUGUGGAGUCUGGAAGAGGAGACCAGCUGCAUCAAGGACCUGUGGCAGCUGCCCAUCAUCCCUUGGAAUGGGAAGACUCCAACAGCAGCAACGGCAGCAGCGGCAAAGGCAACAGCAGGAGGAGAUGCAACUGCACCAAUUGAUGGGGUCCUGGAAGCAGUCAAGAAAGUGCAGCAGCAGCAGACACAUAGUGAGGUGCUUGCUGGUGUGGAUACGAGUGCGGCAUGGGCUAAGGCUUCAUCAAGGAGUGGAGAGGCCGAUUGGGAGACAUGGCAUGAGAGGCUGUGUCAUGUGAACUUUCCUAUGCUACAGAAGUUGGUGAAGGAUGGGAGCCUGAAGGGCUUGGAGGUGAAAGGGGGAGUGAAGGAGAUUGGGAGCUGCCCUACAUGCUUGGAGACCAAGUUCUCCAAGUUCCCCUUCAACAGCACUACAGGACCAGCCAAGACCCCACUUGCACUUGUGCACAUGGAUGUGGUGGGGCCCACAAGAGCCCCUUCCCUCUCAGGCAGCCGCUAUUUCUUGACAAUUGUGGAUGACCACACUCGGGCAGUGUGGGUUUACCCUUUGAACAGCAAGGGGGAGGUGGCAGCGGCUGUCCUUAAGGAGUGGAUGCCUAGAGCUCAGAGGGAAUGCGGACACAAGGUGAAGGUGAUCCGCAGUGACAAUGGUGGGGAGUUCAUUGGAGCUGAUUUUGAGGGGGAGUUGAAGAGGAAGGGGAUCCAGCAUCAACUGACAGUGCCCUACAACCCGCAGCAGAAUGGCGUGGCUGAGAGGUUCAACAGGACCCUGCAGGAGGGGGCACGCACUCUCCUUGGGCGUGCAGGGCUGCCUGAUCCGUUUUGGGUGUCUGCAUUGAGGCAGGUCGCCCUUGUGAAGAAUAGGGUGCUGGCUACAGUUGGGGAUAAGGAGUGGAUCCCAUAUGUCAAGUGGUAUGGGAGUGCUCCAGCUGUGAACAUGCUGAGGGCAUUUGGGUGCAUGGUAGUGUUUCAUGUGCCUAAGGAGAAAAGAGGGAAGUUGGAGGCUUCUGGAAGAUGGGGUGUGCACUUGGGGAUUGCAAAGGAUCACAAAGCGUGGCUGCUAUGGGACUUGACCACCCAGAAGCUGACAGUGUCAAGGGAUGUGAAGUUUCUUGAGUCCCUGUACUACAAGGAAUGGAAGCAGCAGCAACAGAAGCUUCCAUCUACACCGCUCAUUGUGGAGGUAGAUGAGGUGCAGCAGCCUUCAAGACAGGUGGAGGUUGCAGUGUCAGAGGAGGAGAUGUCUGGGGUGACUGAGGAAGGGGGAGCAGCUGAAGUAGAGCAGCAGCAGCAGCAGCAGCAUGAGUCUCCACCUCGAGUUCCACACCCGCCUGAGCGACCUAGGAGGGAUGUGCGCCCUCCAGUGAGGCUGACCUAUGGGGGAAGAGGCAAGCCGAAUGUGGUGCAGGCUGGGAGUGUGGUUGAGCAGAUUGAGGAAGAUGAGAUUGCAUUAUGCUAUUGGGCUGCAAUUCCUCAACCCAAGGUACUGACGCUAGCUUCAACUCAGUGAAAGCGGAUGGCACCAGCAUUGGGGGAUAUGUGUGCUUGCUAGGAGGUGGUGCUGUGAGCUGGCGCAGCAAGAAGCAGAAUGAGGUGGGAUUGUCCUCAUGUGAGACUGAGUACAUGGCCUUACACCAUGGGGCCAAGGAAGUGGUGUGGCUGAGGCGCUUGUUGGAGGAGUUGGGAGUUGGUCAGGAGGAGCCGACAGUUGUGUUCUGUGACAAUGAGUCUGCUGUGAAGCUCGCCAAGAAUGCUUGUCUGCAUGGGCUGACAAAACACAUAAGGCCUAAGUGGCAUUGGGUGAGGAGACUCCUCAAUAAGGAGGUGCGGCUGGAGAUAGUGAAGACCCAUCAGCAGGCAGCAGAUAUUUUCACCAAGCGUCUGGCGGAGGCGGAUCAUUGGAAGGGCAUGAAGCUUGCUGGGAUGAGUUUUUUGUGAUGAUAGAUCUUGAGAAGAUCUUUCCGACGCAACGAGAAUCCCUUCAAUCGGAGCAAGAACGCGAAAGCUAUGAAGAUUCAAAGUUCAUGAGCUUGCGUUACAAUUGCGGCGGUUACUAAGUGAAGUUG